UACAGCCCCUCGUCUGUUGGUAUGAAGCAUGGGGAAAGGCAAGGUAACACAUCUUUGGCCAACAAUAUCUUCACACACGCCGUGUGAAAGUGGAGAGCGGCUUAAUGCUGUGGAUUUGCUGUUGAAGACUAAAGAAAACAUUUAAAUGGACAGCUUGCAGACUGGGUCCCUAACCGGGGCGCAGAAAGAUGAAUUGAUGGACCAAGUGAAACAGCAAAUUGCUGUUGCAAACGCUCAGGAGCUCCUGACGAAAAUGACAGAAAAGUGCUUUAAGAAAUGUAUCAACAAACCGGGUACCUCGCUAGACAGUUCAGAGCAGAAAUGCAUUGCCAUGUGUAUGGACCGCUAUAUGGACUCGUGGAAUUUGGUGUCUAAGGUGUAUGGUAGCAGAAUACAGAAAGAAAGGCAUAGGCUAUAAAUAUAAAGCAACAUGUUAGAUAAUUUUAGGUGAAAACGAUCGAUGUACAAAACCAACAUAUUUAAAAGAAACAUAUUUCAUAUGUGUGUAUAAAAUAUUUUUUUGCUUAAAAAUGAUCCACAGAUAAUUUUAAUUGUCUUUGUAUACAUGUUAUUAGUGCUGUUUAUAAAAUAAAUGACUAAUUAUUGCAACCCAGUG